CUUGAGAAUCACCUGCACCCCAAACUGGUUUCUUGCUGAGUGUUCCUGCUUUGUGUAUACAUAUCACAGGCCACGGCUGAAUCCAUGGCGAAAUGCUUCCUGGUGCUCGCUUUCUUGGCGUUUCUCCUGCCGGCGGCCUACGCGAUGUGCCACCCCGACGACCUCCAAGCGCCGCGGGGCUUCGCCAGGAAGAGCAAUAGAAGAACACUCCAACAACAACAACCAAAUACCAUUACUGGGACCAACAACAGUGUCAGAUCUGGGAGUGGCAAUAUUGUAUCUGGGAACGGCAACACUGUCGUAUCUGGGGACAACAAUAAUGUUUCUGGGAGCAACAACACAGUCACAUCUGGGAGCAGCAAUGUCAUAGUUGAUAGCAACCAUGUCGUUACUGGGAGCAAAAAUACUGUAUCGGGCAAUAACAAUAGGGUAACUGGGAACAAUAAUGUUGUAUCAGGGAGCAACCAAGUCGUGUCCGGGGACAACAAAGUCGUAACUGGCUAAUGAUCUGUCGGUGGAUUGAUUUCGGCUUCUCUGGUGCAGCUCAUACGUCCUUGCCAAGUUCAAUGUUGCUCACUAUUACUUGGUGGGCCCACUCGCAUUUCUAACUUCAUGGAUAUAGCAUCCUACCUACUUAAAAUAAAAUUUCCCUAAAAUAUCUUUAGAACUUUUUACAUAAUAAGUGCUGACAUGAAGAGCA